CGAUGCUUUCUGUUUUUUUUAAGGGCAUCAGCCACCACGGCGGGGGGAAGGUUUUGUUUAGGGUUUUGGUCUCUCACCUCUGGUCCCAUUUUAAAACCCUAGAUUUCUCUAGUUAAACUCUCUCUCUCUCUCUCUCUCUCUCUCUCUCUCUCUCUCUUUUCCUCUUUCUAAUGGCGAUCGGUUCCGUUCUCGUCUCGAGGCUGGCCAGGUCCAAGGCCUUGGCUUCCGGCGUCUCCUCCACUCUGUCUCAGGCUUCUGGUCUUCUGAAGGCAUCACAUGGCAUGUCUCCUUUAUCUCAGAGAUUGGCGGCUACAGCAAGAGCAUUCAGCUCUAAACCUGCUGGAGCUGAUGUUAUCGGGAUUGAUUUGGGUACCACAAACUCAUGUGUUUCAGUCAUGGAGGGCAAGACCCCAAAGGUGAUUGAGAAUGCAGAAGGUGCAAGGACAACACCCUCUGUCGUAGCCUUUAACCAGAAGGGUGAGCUUCUGGUUGGUACCCCAGCAAAGCGCCAAGCUGUGACGAAUCCAACAAAUACUUUGUUUGGCACCAAGCGCUUGAUUGGAAGAAGGUUUGAUGAUCCACAGACGCAGAAGGAACUGAAAAUGGUGCCAUACAAGAUCGUCAAGGCACCAAAUGGAGAUGCUUGGGUGGAGAUGAAUGGACAGCAGUACUCACCAAGCCAAAUUGGAGCAUUUGUUCUUACCAAAAUGAAGGAGACGGCAGAGUCUUAUCUUGGUAAAAGUGUUUCCAAGGCUGUCAUCACAGUUCCUGCUUAUUUUAACGAUGCGCAGCGUCAGGCCACAAAGGAUGCUGGAAGAAUUGCUGGACUGGAGGUACUCAGGAUUAUCAAUGAGCCUACGGCUGCUGCUCUUUCAUAUGGUAUGAACAACAAGGAGGGAUUAAUUGCUGUAUUUGAUUUGGGUGGUGGGACUUUUGAUGUCUCAAUCCUUGAGAUUUCUAAUGGAGUUUUUGAGGUCAAGGCUACCAAUGGAGAUACCUUCCUUGGUGGUGAGGACUUUGAUGGCACAUUGCUGGACUACCUGGUUAGUGAAUUCAAGAGAAGUGAAAACAUUGAUCUAACCAAAGACCGAUUAGCAUUGCAGAGGCUCAGAGAAGCUGCUGAAAAGGCAAAGGUGGAACUUUCAUCCACAUUGCAAACAGAGAUAAAUCUUCCAUUUAUUACUGCUGAUGCUUCUGGCGCAAAGCACUUCAACAUUACACUGACUCGAUCAAAGUUUGAAGCUUUGGUUAACAAUCUGAUUGAGAGAACCCGUAUCCCAUGCAAGAACUGUCUAAAAGAUGCGGGCCUCACAGCAAAAGAAGUCGAUGAGGUCCUAUUGGUUGGUGGAAUGACAAGGGUGCCAAAGGUCCAGGAAAUUGUUGCCGAGAUCUUUGGGAAGACUCCGAGCAAGGGUGUGAACCCUGAUGAGGCAGUUGCCAUGGGGGCUGCCAUACAAGGUGGCAUCCUGAGGGGUGAUGUUAAGGAGCUUCUAUUGCUCGAUGUCACACCGCUCUCCCUUGGCAUUGAGACUCUUGGAGGGAUCUUCACUAGGCUCAUCAACCGAAACACAACCAUACCAACCAAGAAGAGUCAGGUCUUUUCCACUGCUGCUGACAACCAGACCCAGGUCGGGAUCAAGGUGUUGCAGGGUGAGAGGGAGAUGGCUGCAUAUAACAAGCUUCUUGGGGAAUUCGAGCUAAGAGGCAUACCUCCUGCUCCAAGAGGCAUGCCUCAGAUAGAGGUGACCUUUGAUAUCGAUGCUAAUGGAAUUGUGAAGGUCUCAGCUAAGGAUAAAUCAACAGGCAAGGAGCAGGAAAUUACCAUCAGAUCCUCUGGUGGGCUGUCGGAGGAAGAGAUCGAAAAGAUGGUAAAGGAGGCAGAGCUCCAUGCACAGAAGGAUCAGGACAGGAAGGGCUUGAUUGACAUCAAGAACACUGCAGACACUACGAUUUACAGUAUCGAGAAGAGUCUGGGAGAGUUCAGAGAGAAGAUACCUGCGGAAGUCGUGAAGGAGAUCGAGUCAGCCAUCGCUGAUCUGAGGGCUGCCAUGAGCGAGGAUGAUGUGGACAAGAUCAAGGAGAAGAUAGAUGCGGCAAACAAAGCGGUCUCAAAGAUUGGGCAGCAUAUGCAACAGGGUGGAGGGUCUUCAGCUUCUGGGUCAGAUGGAGGAGAUCAGACUCCUGAAGCUGAAUAUGAAGAAGCGAAGAAGAUGUAGAAUGAUGCAACACCAUUCUUCUUGACAUUUUAUAAUUGGAUGUCGAGACUACUGAUUUUCUCAUUUGCCCUUGUGGCCGGUUUAUUAUUCAUCUUGGUUUAAGUAAUACAGAGGAGGCUGAUGGGUAAUUCUGGAUAGAGGAGUCGUAUCUUCGAGACAGAUUAUUUUCUGUUGUUUUGUUUAUUGAUGGAUGCUGAGCCUGAGCCUGAGCCUGCCUCCCAUGACAACAUUUUUGUCAACCUGAGUUUUAUUGCAAUAUCAUGUUUUGUUUUUUUGGCUCGUA